AAGACCUGUUUUUAUUGCCAACCUGAAGUCUUUUUUUCUCAUUUGUAAGACGUUUUGCCGUGAAGUGUCCAUCGUGGUAUAAUUGACACAAGAUGAAGAAAGUGAAUAUAAAAAUCUUUGCUGCCUUCUUCAUAUUCUGCGGUAAUACGUUUGCCACAAACUUUCCUCCACGAAUUGAAAUGCAAUCAGGCAAUGGUAUAAAGGAAGUGGAUGAAGACAUUGAUAUUGGUACGGGGCUGUUCAAUAUCACAGUACGAGACAGAAAUCAUGGAUCUGUAAUUGUUGAAGCUGUGGGAGAAGCCAGUGAUCUCGUCACAGUAAAUCACACACAAAGUGGUACUACCUGGGGAGUUUUUCUGAAAAAGAAGCUAGAUAGAGAGAGACAAUCACAAUAUCUGUUAAGAUUCAUAGCUACUAGUAGUCAAAAGGAUGCUCCUACGUCCGCCUUAGAGGUAACCCUUUUUGUGAAUGACAUCAAUGAUGUCGCUCCCAUAUUCUCACAACCGGCGUACCGUGUCCAAGUUCCAGAGAAUUAUACUGUAGCUGUUCCCAUAAACGUCUCCGUCCAUGCUACCGACCUUGAUAACGGACCCUGGGGAUCCGUGACCUAUGAUAUGAAGGUAAUUAUGUUUAUAGUCUUAUAA